AUUCAGUAGUAAAUAUCCCACGUGCUUGAGAAAAUGAUUAGAUCUAAUGUAUUUAUUAGGAAAACAAAACGGGGCAAAAUCUUAAAAGUUGUACGGGAACAUUAUUUAAGAGACGAUGUAUAUUGCAGCUUUCCAAAAUGCGAGCAAUGUGAGGAAGAAAAACCAAUUUUUAGUUCAAACCCCUCUGUAGAUUCAAAGGAGUUAGUUGGAAAAUAUUUAAUUAUACCAGAUUCAAAUGUUGUUUUACAUCAAAUGGAUAUUUUAGAAGACUCAAGCAUUAGAAAUGUUAUUAUUCUACAAACUGUGUAUGGAGAAGUUUUGCAUAGGAGUGCAAUCGCGUAUAAGAAACUAAAAGAUUGUUUAUCAAAUCCUGAGAAAAAAUUUUAUUUGUUUAUGAAUGAGUUUCAUAGGGAUACUUUCAUUGAAAGAGACCAGAAGGAAUCACCAAAUGAUCGAAAUGAUAGAGCAAUUAGAACUGCUGCUUUGUGGUAUCAAAAACAUCUCAAACCUUAUGAAGUUGAAAUAUUGUUAGUUACGAAUGAUCAGUCAAAUAAAAAUUUAGCCUUGGAAUCUGGGAUUAAAACUAAUACUGUUGAAAAAUUUGUAAAGAGCUUGAAGAAUUGUGAUGAAUUGGCAGAUAAAUUGGCACUUACUAGAGAAGCUUCUAGUUCUACUGGUAAGACUGCAGUCUUUGAAGAACACCUUCCUCUGUCCAGUAUUCAAGUAGGUUUGAAAUCUGGAAGCUACAUACAAGGAACAUUUCAUGCCUCCAGAGAUAACUAUUUAGAAGCAUCGGUUGAUGUAUAUGAAAAAGAUGGUUUAUCAAUUCUUAUUCAAGGACAACAACAUAUGAAUAGAGCUAUGCAAGGUGACACAGUUGCCAUCGAAAUCUUGCCAGAGAGCGAAUGGCAGUCUUCUUCAAGUUUGAUUUUGGAAGAUGAUGGAGAGAAAAAUGAUGAAUCAACAAUAUCCGAAGAUAAGAAAAUUCUACAAGACAUCUCAAACAAAUCCGAAAAGAAACCUUGUGGCAAAGUUGUUGGAAUUAUUAAAAGAAACUGGAGACAAUUUUGUGGCAUGCUUCAAAAGUCUUUAAUAGAAACAGCAACUCGCCAUUUAGUUAUUCCAGCAGAUAAAAGAAUACCAAAAAUACGAAUUGAAACAAGACAAGCAGAUGUUCUUGAUGGCAAAAGAAUUCUCGUUGUUAUUGACUCUUGGCCAAGAACAUCUAGAUAUCCACUUGGUCACUUCGUUAGGAAUUUGGGUGCUAUAGGGGAUAAAAAAACUGAAAAUGAAGUUUUAUUAAUUGAGCACGAUAUACCUCAUCAUCAAUUUUCUACCGCUGUUCGAGCUUGUCUACCGUCUCUUCCGUGGUCUAUAACAGAAGAGGAUCUUAAACAAAGAAAAGAUUUACGAGAUUUGACUGUUGUGAGUGUAGAUCCACCGGGAUGUACCGAUAUUGAUGAUGCUCUACAUUGCUUUCAAUUGGAUAAUGGAAACUACGAAGUUGGUGUUCAUAUCGCUGAUGUGUCUCAUUUUAUUAAGCCUGGAACAGCUAUAGAUGUUGAAGCUGCAAAUCGUGCUAAUACUGUAUACCUUAUCGAUCAGAGAAUAGAUAUGGUUCCUGAAUUGCUAAGUUCAAACAUAUGUUCAUUAAGGGGAGGAGAAGAGAGAUUUGCUUUUAGUGUUAUUUGGGAGUUAGAUGAAAAUGCAAAAGUCGUAAAUGUUAAAUUUACAAAGAGUAUUAUAAAAUCAAAAGCUGCCCUUACUUAUGCCGAAGCUCAAAUGAGAAUAGAUGAUAGUCAACAAACAGAUGACGUAACGAAGAGUUUAAGACUACUAAAUAAAUUAGCAAAAAUAUUAAAACAAGAGAGAAUAAAGCAGGGCUCCUUGACGCUAGCAUCGCCCGAAGUUCGUUUUCAUAUGGAUAGCGAAACUCAUGACCCAAUUGAAGUUCAAACGAAACAAUUACUAGAAACAAAUUCUAUGGUUGAAGAGUUCAUGUUGUUGGCUAAUAUAGCAACUGCCAAAAAAAUAUACGACGAAUUUCCUUCGUGUGCCCUGCUUAGAAGACACCCUGAACCUCCAUCGUCCAAUUUUGAAAGUUUAAUUAAAUCUGCUGAAUCUAAAGGCUUUACAUUAAAUGUUACAUCAGGAAAAAUGUUGGCAGAGAGUUUAGAAAAAAGUGUACUUGAAAGCAAUUCAUAUUUCAAUACUAUGCUAAGAAUUAUGGCAACACGCUGUAUGCUCCAAGCUUUAUAUUUCUGUAGUGGCGUGGUCGACCAAAAAGACUUUUACCAUUAUGGACUUGCUGCUCCAAUCUAUACACAUUUUACAUCUCCAAUAAGAAGGUAGAGUUAUUCUCUAAAAAAGUUAAUUACAUUCAAUUCAUACCGCUAUAUUUCGAUUUGUUUAGAUAUUCGGAUAUAAUAGUUCAUAGAUUACUAGCUGUUUCUAUUCAAGCUGACGCUCCUCAUCCAGAUUUUCUAGAUAAAAAGAAAACUCAAAACCUUUGUAACAACUUAAAUUAUCGUCAUAAAAUGGCGCAGUACGCGGGAAGGGCAUCCGUUGGUCUUCAUACACAGCUAUUCUUUCAGAAUAAGAUAGUUUGUGAAGACGGUUACAUUCUAUUUGUGAGAAAAAAUGCCAUACAAAUUCUCAUACCCAAGUAUGGUUUAGAAGGAACAAUAUUUUUAGAUAAGAGUCCUGUUAAAUUUGUAUAUGAUGAAACAUCCGGUACACAGAAAUGUGGUGAUAUAACAUUCUCAUCUUUUGAUAAAGUUGUAGUACAAAUUAGCAUUGACAAAACCCAUAUUCAACACCAAAAGUUAUGCCUAAAGCUGGUUUCCCCUUACAUUGGUGGGUUUAGUGUUUCGAAUAUUGAGGAAGAACCACCGCAAAAGAAAAAGAGAAAAAGUUGAACGUGAUUAUAAUUUUAUUGAACACAUUUAAUAUAAUAUAUGUACAGAUUCAUUUUUGUUCCUGUUACAAAGAACAUAAAAUAAUAUACUAUCAUGAAAAUUUGAUAUGUUUAAGAUAUUGAGAUAAUAAAUAAGAAAAUGAGAUAACUGUCUUUUCGUAUUUGCCUAUAUUCUUUAACUUUUCAUGCUUUUUGCUAUAACCACUGAUUUCAUCAGCCAUUGUGUUUAGAGCUGAAUAGAUAGCAUCGAAACAUUCCCAAUGUGGAUUGUCUUUUUUAUUAUAGUUGUACAAUCCAUAUAACAUUUCAUAUAAUUCCUCAGUCAAUUUAUUAUAUUCCUUUGAGUGAAUAUUAAAAUCUUUUUUCGAAAUGUUCAGUAAUUCUUCAUCAAGAUACUUUUUAGCUUUCCCAACAUUUUCUGAAUUGGAUACUUUAGUUAAGUUUCCACAAUAAUCCAUGUUUAACCGUAACUGCUCGGCUAGAGAUUUCACCGGUGCUGAUGAUAUUAAAUAGGAUAAAGGUGAUAAUAAAGUAAAACCUAUAACCAGAUAUGUGUUCAUGUCUUAUGCCUUCGACGCCUUUCCGCAAAUUGAACACAUAUGUUUGAGAAUCGAAAUUUAUAGCCCAUUUUUUUGGAUUAACCAAAAAGAUUCCUUCAAGAAAUGUGAAAUGUAAACUUUGAAUAACGUUAUUAUAUUUUCAAUAUUAUUCUGUUAGUCACUCUUUGUGUCUCUCUGCCCUCUAUAGUCGAUAUAGGCACAUAUAUCUUCAAAAGGGUGUGUGUUAUACUUUAGAUACUUUCGAUUUGAAAAGUACGGUAAUUUUCCUUGGGAAUUUUUCUAUUAAUAUCUUA